GUGGGAAUGCGGUGUUUUUUUCCUCCUCAACUUUGGCUCCGAGCAGUUUGAGUGACGACGGAGAGAGAAGGGGCAUCAUUUCAGCUCAGAGGAGGAAGGCUGGAUAGAGAGAGCAGCGGAGAGAAGGAGAGAGGAGCGAGCGAGUGAGAGAAAGAAGAGAGAGAGAGAGAGAGAGAGAGAGAGAGGGUGCCCCCAUCCGCUGAGAGGACCAGGAGGAUCCCACCAACUUUAUGGCCGCCUGAGACACUCCGUCCUCCCGCCUCCUCCUCUCCCUUUCUCCGCUACGAGUUCUCUCCUCGUCUGCGCCCGUGAGACCGUCUCCGCCUCCUCCGGUCGUCUGUUCAACUGACCGAGCCUCGCUUGGUGCGGGACAGCGCUGGCGACCAUGGACACCCCUAUAAAGUGGAAAGUAAAACGGAGGCUAAAGGACGCGGCGCUCAGUUUGGCGGUGCUUCUGCUGCUCGUGACCGCGCGAGCCAGCUCAGCAGAUCCAGCGGAUCUCCUGAAGAUUUUAGAUUUUCCCAGUUUGCCGGAGGGCGUAACGAAAACUACAGGCUUCUGUGCACACAGGAGGUCAUCGAAAGGGCCGGAUGUGGCCUACAGAGUAACCAAAGAUGCUCAGCUGAGUGCUCCUACCAAACAGCUCUACCCCUCAUCGGUGUUCCCGGAGGAUUUCUCCAUCCUGGCCACAGUGCGGCCCAACAAGGGCAGCCAGUCGUUCCUGCUGUCCAUUUAUAACGAGCAGGGCAUCCAGCAGCUGGGCCUGGAGGUGGGCCGCUCUCCAGUCUUCCUGUACGAAGACCACUUGGGCAAACCAGGCCCAGAGGAUUACCCGCUUUUCAGAGGGGUCAACCUGGCCGACGGAAAAUGGCAUCGUGUGGCGAUCAGUGUCCAUAAGCAGAGCAUAACGAUGAUCGUGGACUGUAAGAAGAAGACAACGCGCGCGUUAACACGGAGCCCAAACCCCGUCAUCGACACCAAAGGCAUCAUAGUGUUCGGCACGCGCAUCCUGGACGAGGAGGUGUUCGAGGGGGAUAUUCAGCAGCUGAUGAUUGUAGCAGACCACCGUGCUGCGUUUGACUACUGUGAACAUUAUAGCCCAGACUGUGAGGUUCCCGCACCGGAGCAGCCCCAGAACCAGGACCCCAACACGGAAGACUACAACACGGAAGACGACACCUACUACUAUGAGUACCCUUACUAUGAGGACAUGGAUGGGGAAAAGACUGCCACCACAUCACUGUCCACCACUGAGGACGAUGGAACAGAAACGAGCGAGAGGGAUGCCGGAACCGGCGGCACGGUAAGGCAAACCAUCACCACAGUGAUUGGCGGACCAGGAGGUUCCAGCAGCUCGUCCAGCAGCAGCUCUUCCAGCAGCUCCUCGUCCAGGAGUUCCUCUUCCAGCAGCUCCUCUUCUACCACAGCGACGGGCGAAGAUUCGUACGACGGCUACGAUGGUUACGAGACCGGUUACGAGACGUACUAUGACGAGUCCACAGCCACGCCUGAUAGCUCUCGCACUGUCACCAUCACAGGAACGGGAGCGGAAAGUGAACUGGACCUGGGUCUGGGCACGAACGUAGAUCUGGGCCUGGGCGGCGACGUGGAGAGGCACAUCAUUACCUCCGUAGGAGGAGGAGGAGGCCGAAUCCACACAAGCACCGUCAUUCACAACGGAACUGCUGGCUCUGGCUCUAGCUCUAGUUCUACCGUCCGAAUUUCCUCAGGUUCUGGCUCCAGCUCCGGUUCGGGCUCCAGCUCUGGUUCUAGCGUGAGAAUUACCUCAGGUUCUAGCUCCAGCUCCGGUUCGGGCUCCAGCUCUGGUUCUAGCGUGAGAAUUACCUCAGGUUCUAGCUCCAGCUCAGGCUCCAGCUCCAGCACAGGAUCCAGCACUGGUUCUAGCUCCAGCUCGGUGGGAGGUUAUGAUGAUGGUUAUGGCGAGGGUUAUGACCUGAGCUAUGGAGAGGGGUACGGCGAGGGAGACUACACUGUCGGUGGAGGAGGAAGCAGCAGCAGCAGCAGUACUGUAUCUGUAGGGGGCGGGUCCGUGUCUGUCGGAGGCGGGUCCGUGUCUGUCGGAGGCGGGUCCGUGUCUGUCGGAGGCGGGUCCGUGUCUGUUGGAGGCGGGUCCGUGUCUCACGGAAGCAGCUCAGCCACGGGCGGAUCAUCCAGUGCUGUCGGUUCAGCAGGGGCGGGGUCUGAUGCCAUGGGAACCGGACAGGGAGCAAUCGGUGGGGAAGCAGAUUAUACGGACGUGGACAAGUUUAAGGAGGAGUCCAUUACGGAUUACAAAUACACCGACUCCGACCUGGAAAAGAUUUACGGAGAUUACGGUGACUACGGAGACUACGGCGAGGGCGAGGACAAAGUGCUGCCCGCUGAGACCGACAAGUACAUCGGUCAGGUGGACGGAUCCAGAGGAGAGAAAGGACAGAAAGGAGAACCAGCCAUCAUCGAACCGGGAAUGCUUGUGGAGGGCCCCCCUGGUCCUGAGGGCCCAACUGGUCUGCCUGGUCCUCCAGGUUCGAGUGGAGCCCCAGGCACCCCUGGAGAGUCUGGAGAGAGGGGUCCUCCUGGUCGCCCUGGUCUUCCUGGAGCUGAUGGACUGCCAGGACCCCCAGGAACCGUCCUGAUGUUGCCGUUCCGAAUGGCCACAGGUGGAGAUGCUGGCCAUAAAGGACCGGCAGUUUCUGCUCAAGAGUCUCAGAUGCAGGCCAUCAUGCAGCAGGCCCGGCUGGCAAUGAGAGGCCCAACUGGUCCAAUGGGCUUAACUGGUCGGCCUGGACCACUGGGUUCUCCUGGUGUGCCUGGAUUAAAAGGAGAGUCUGGAGAGCAGGGGGCUCAGGGUCCUCGUGGUCCGCUGGGUUCAAUCGGUCCUCCUGGAAAGCCUGGCAGAAGGGGUCGUGCCGGAGCAGAUGGAGCAAGAGGCAUGCCAGGACAGACUGGACCCAAGGGAGACAGAGGUUUUGAUGGUCUGGCUGGAUUACCUGGUGAAAAGGGACACAGAGGCGAGUCAGGACCCCAGGGACCCCCUGGACCCUCAGGAGAAGAUGGAGAAAGGGGAGACGAUGGCGAGGUCGGACCCAGGGGUCUGCCCGGUGAACCGGGGCCUCGUGGUUUGCUGGGACCCAAAGGACCACAGGGACCCCCAGGACCUCCCGGUGUGACAGGAAUGGACGGCCACCCUGGACCCAAAGGAAACAUUGGGCCUCAAGGUGAGCCCGGACCUCCCGGACAGCAAGGAAACCCCGGCGCUCAGGGACUGCCAGGGCCUCAAGGAGCCAUUGGACCACCUGGAGAAAAGGGACCGACAGGGAAGCCAGGCCUGCCAGGCAUGCCAGGAGCUGAUGGACCUCCAGGUCACCCAGGAAAGGAAGGUCCCUCUGGUGAGAAAGGCAACAUGGGACCCCCCGGCGCUCAGGGACCAAUCGGCUAUCCUGGACCCCGAGGUGUGAAGGGUGCUGAUGGAGUCCGUGGGCUGAAAGGAAACAAGGGUGAAAAGGGAGAAGACGGAUUCCCCGGCUUUAAAGGAGACAUGGGUAUCAAGGGUGACAGGGGUGAGCUCGGAGCUGCUGGACCUCGAGGAGAGGACGGUCCAGAGGGACCCAAAGGAAGAUCCGGCCUGCCUGGAGAUCCUGGACCCCUCGGAUCAUCAGGAGAGAAGGGUAAACUUGGUGUUCCUGGAUUGCCGGGUUAUCCUGGAAGGCAGGGUCCAAAGGGUUCUCAAGGAUUCCAAGGGUUCCCGGGAGCCAAUGGAGAGAAAGGCACAAGGGGAACAGCGGGAAAGCCCGGCCCACGAGGACAGCGCGGACCUACCGGACCUCGAGGAGAGAGAGGACCUAGGGGUCCCACAGGGAAAGCAGGACCAAAGGGCAACUCAGGAAGCGAUGGACCCCCAGGACCUCCUGGUGAACGGGGUCUGACUGGACCUCAGGGACCAACUGGAUUCCCAGGACCGAAAGGCCCCCCCGGACCCGCAGGAAAAGAUGGACUGCCCGGGCACCCAGGCCAGAGAGGAGAGACGGGUUUCCAAGGCAAGACUGGACCUCCCGGACCACCAGGAGUUCUGGGCCCUCAGGGACCAACAGGUGAGACUGGACCAAUGGGAGAGCGAGGUCACCCAGGACCUCCCGGACCACCAGGUGAGCAGGGUCUGCCUGGACCUGCUGGCAAAGAGGGAGCCAAGGGAGAUCCAGGUCCAGCUGGCCCUGCUGGUAAGGAUGGUCCUCAGGGCCUGCGAGGAUUCCCUGGAGAGAGAGGAUUGCCUGGUCCUGUUGGCUCUCCAGGUUUGAAAGGAAAUGAAGGACCACCAGGCCCACCCGGACCCGCUGGUUCACCCGGUGAGCGUGGUCCAGCUGGUCCGGCAGGCCCCACCGGUCUCCCAGGACGACCAGGACCUCAGGGACCUCCAGGCCCAGCCGGAGAGAAAGGUGGACCGGGAGAGAAAGGACCUCAAGGCCCUGCCGGUAGAGACGGAAUUCAGGGUCCCGUUGGCCUGCCUGGACCUGCCGGCCCUGUCGGACCUCCAGGAGAAGACGGAGAUAAGGGUGAGAUUGGCGAGCCUGGCCAGAAGGGAAGCAAAGGAGAUAAAGGAGAACAAGGUCCUCCUGGCCCCACUGGUCCCCAGGGUCCGGUUGGUCAGCCUGGUCCAGCUGGAGCUGAUGGAGAGCCUGGUCCUAGAGGGCAGCAGGGUUUGUUCGGGCAGAAGGGAGAUGAGGGAUCGCGAGGAUUCCCCGGACCACCAGGACCUGUCGGCCUUCAGGGCCUGCCUGGACCCCCUGGUGAGAAAGGAGAGACUGGAGAUGUUGGUCACAUGGGUCCACCUGGUCCUCCUGGUCCCAGAGGCCCCGCCGGACCCCCAGGUGCUGAUGGACCCCAGGGCCCCCCUGGAGGCAUUGGAAACCCUGGAUCAGUGGGCGAGAAGGGAGACUCUGGAGAACCAGGAGAGCCCGGACUGCAGGGAGACGUCGGCCCUCCGGGUCCGAGAGGAGAGCGAGGCGAGAAGGGAGAAGCCGGUCCUGCUGGUUCUGCUGGUCCCCCUGGUCCUAAAGGCCCUCCUGGUGAUGAUGGUCCUAAAGGCAGCCCCGGUCCGAGUGGUUUCCCUGGUGAUCCUGGUCCUCCUGGAGAGCCUGGUCAGCCUGGCUUGGAUGGUCCUGCAGGUGACAAGGGCGACGACGGAGAGGCUGGACAGCCUGGUUCUCCAGGACCUACUGGUGAAUCAGGUCCGACUGGACCUCCAGGAAAGAGAGGUCCUCAUGGAGCAGCGGGGCCUGAGGGACGGCAGGGAGAGAAAGGAGCCAAGGGUGAGUCCGGCCUGGAGGGCCCUCAAGGCAAAACAGGCCCAGUCGGACCCCAGGGCGCUCCUGGAAAGCCUGGUUCUGAAGGACUGAGAGGAAUCCCCGGCCCAGUGGGAGAACAAGGUCUGCCCGGUUCCCCAGGACCCGAUGGACCCCCAGGACCAAUGGGUCCUCCUGGUCUGCCUGGUCUGAAAGGAGACACUGGAGUUAAAGGAGAAAAGGGCCACCCGGGUUUGAUUGGAUUGAUCGGGCCUCCUGGAGAGCAGGGAGAGAAAGGAGACAGAGGCCUGCCCGGACCCCAGGGAUCCGGCGGACCUAAAGGAGACACGGGUAUUAAUGGCCCUGCCGGACCCAUGGGACCCAUUGGACCACCUGGAUUACCUGGUCCUCCUGGUCCUAAAGGAGCUAAAGGAUCAUCAGGUCAGACAGGACCGAAGGGAGAGGCUGGAGUUCCUGGACCUCCAGGUCCACCGGGCCCACCAGGCGAUGUCAUCCACCCACUGCCGAUCCAGUCCAGCCCGAAGCGGGCGAAGAGGAACAUCGACGCCAGCCAGCUGAUGGAUGAUGCAGGCGACGGAAACUACAAGGACUACGAGGACGGCAUGGAGGAGAUCUUCGGUUCUCUGAACUCUCUAAAACUGGAGAUCGAGCAGAUGAAGCACCCGCUCGGCACGCAGAGCAACCCCGCCCGCACCUGCAAAGACCUGCAGCUCUGCCACCCCGACUUCCCUGAUGGUGAUUACUGGAUUGAUCCUAACCAGGGCUGCUCUCGGGACUCCUUCAAGGUUUACUGCAACUUCACAGCCGGAGGAGAAAGCUGCAUCUUCCCUGACAAAAAGAGCGAAGGGACUAGGCUAACCUCCUGGGUGAAGGAGUCUCCAGGUUCCUGGUACAGUGAAUUCAAACGUGGUAAACUGCUCUCCUACGUGGAUGCCGAGGGCAACCCAAUCGGCGUGGUCCAGAUGACGUUCCUGCGCUUGCUCAGCGCCAGCGCCCGGCAGAACCUCACCUAUAACUGCUACCAGUCCGUAGCCUGGCACGACCAGGACCUCGACUCGUAUGACAAGGCCAUCCGCUUCCUGGGCUCCAACGACGAGGAGAUGUCCUACGACAACAACCCCUACAUCCGAGCCGCCGCAGACGGAUGCGCGCUGAAAAAGGGCUACGAAAAGACUAUUCUUGAGAUCAACACGCCCAAAGUGGAGCAGGUACCAUUCGUGGACAUCAUGUUCAACGAUUUUGGCGGCGCGACGCAGAAGUUCGGCUUCGAGGUCGGCCCGGCCUGCUUUAUCGGCUAAGACUGUUCACUGAGCGCACCAGAACAACAACAGCAACAACAAACAACAACAACAACAAAACCACAAACGUAUUCAUUCUCUCAGAAACAAAACAACAGUAAGGAAUAGGGCAACAUAUUUGUAAAGUUUUAAAGUUUUGUGUUUCCGGAAAAAAAAACCAAACAACAGCUCGUAGAAAGGAUAAAAGAAAUAGAAGAAAGUUUUAAACGAUCCGUUUUUCAACCUUCUUAACCUCAAACGCCGCACCCUGUCCGUCACAUGCAGGUUUUGAAACUGGACGAGUCGAACGCCCGCUAGCUGAUUCUCCCCGAAGCCUGCGCUCCCGUUAGCCGCUUGCGCCCGCCACUCGUGCUGUAUAGAUUUAGGAAAGAGCAGCUUCCUCGAUGCACUUCCUUCAGGUGGGACUCUCCACGGACCCCCCCGCCACGUUCUAGCUCUGUCUGGGUUCUGCUUGUGUUUACCGCCCCGAGCUUCUUCCUCCUCUUUUUUUGUGCAUAUUUGUCUCUCCGUUCCUCCGGAAUGGUGCUUAUAUAUAAAUAUAUAUAAAUAUUUUUUGUAUGUUUGUAAGUACUUUCUGUAUAUUUUUUUUUCUUCUCCUCAUGUUUUUGAGUGUUCUGGCUUCAAAACAUGCAUGUGAACCAUUGGGCGAGAAGGACUGGCCAAAAUAAAGGUUUGAAAAGCAUCAGUGAGCCUGACGAGAAAAUUGGAUGAAAUUGAGGAAAAUGAAAAAUAAAGGAAACAUCCAGAACAAGCGCAUCAUGUCUCAUUGCAGGUGUGACGUCUUUUUUUUUUGCUUUCUUUUUUUGUUUUUCGUACCGAGUGACAGAACGACAGUACAAACGGUCCCGCUGCCAUCAGGCGACCAACUCUUUUUUUUGCCGAACGUUGGAGAUCGGAAGCGUCCCGUGGGCUCUCGCGGGGCCGGAUUGACCCGAUUGCAUCUUUUAUCCUUUUUUUUUUUUUCCUUUCAACACUUUCGUGCUUGCGUCUAUCAGAAAAGCACAAACGAUGGGAGACGGUGUCACUGAGGAAACACAUUAUCGGUAAACUAGGUGCUAUUUCCUUCCUGCCUGUGGUGCUAUAUACAUAUAUAUAAAUAAAUAUAUAAAUAUUUCUCUUUUUAUGGGUUUUUUUUUGUUUUUUUUGUUUUUUUUUUAUUCUGCGAUGCCAAUUUCCAUGUGCUGUUUUUCUCCGUAGCGACGUGUUUCCAGGUUAAACGGACGUCUUUUGGGGGAAAUAUCUUUAUGCAUGCCCAUCCAGUCGUAUACAUUCUCAUAAAACCGAAUCUCCUCUUAACUAACGAACUCCUCUCUUCGCCUUCGGCCCACGCGUGUUAAUGAUGUCGAACCUGCAGUAUGCGAUGUGUAAUUACUUGGAGAUAAUUUAUGUAGCGUAACGUAGUCCUCCGUAGCACAUUUACUCGAGUAAAACCUUAUUUCACAGCUUUCUUGCGGCGGACGUGGAGUGCAAUCAGCUGUUCACCUCAAGCUUCAGAAGAGUUGUAUGAUUUCAGUUUUUUUUUUUAGCGGAGGGCUUUUUUUUCCAUCUUUCCAUCUUUUUCCAUUUUUUCCCAUAUUUUUCCUUUUAUUUUGUUCAAGCGGGAGCCAAUCGCGGAGCGGGACGCAUGUUCUCCGCUCUCCAGCCAAAGAUAUCUCACAGCUUUAGACUUGAAGACCAAAAAGGAUCACUUUGUAUACCAUUACGAGACGCAUGUAUCGGAUAGAUUAGCAUCGACGUUCCCGCUUGUGUAUCUCGCAGCUCAGACGUAAACCCUAGAGGCUUGGAUUGUCGUUUAUUUGAAUGGAACAGUUUCUUCUUUGCUUUUGGGCUCCGGUUCCGGCUCCUGCGUUCCUUUUGUGCCACUAGCGUUCUCCCUUAUGCACUCUGCGUCAGCUUACACCACUACGCCGGCCACUGCCUUUAACUUUGACUUUCUGUUCAUCUUAAAUGACUUGAACUGCUUCUUAAAGACAAUUAAACGCGGACGAGAGAAAAAAAAAGUCUUGUCAUAACAUAACAUGUCUAUUGAAAAAAUAAAAACACGACCAUUUCUGUAAAUUUUCCAAAACCAGCGGUGAUGCUGCCAGUGUUUUUGUUAUUAUUAUUUUUUUUUGUAAUGUUUGUCUGUUUGUUUGUCUGUUUUAAACCUGUGUAAGAGAGGAUAGAAGAUAUAUUGGAUUUUGUGUCAAUAAAUUCAAGUUUACUGUGGCCACCCAACCUUGUAUGUCUUUUGAAGCAUUAAAAAAUCUGUAUGCAUGAAAAUGACGACAGUUUUUUUUUUCUCUUAACUUUGUACUCGCGGAGGAUUUGUUCCCGUUUUCCGGUGGUCGGCACGGUGGGCGCUUCCCGUGCUCAGACUGAACGCGGGCCUGUCCUGAAUUGUGAAUGGAGAGAGAGCCAGGAUGUUGUAACUCUCUACCAAAGAUGAUGUUCCUCUGUAGUAUAUUUAUUGUAUUAUUUAAAGAAAAUAAUAAAUGUUAAUUGAUACCA